AUGGCUGGAAGAGUGGGGAUGUAUCUUCAAUGUCCCACCUGUCUGGACAUAUUCAAAGAUCCUGUCGUGCUGUCGUGUGGUCACAGCUUUUGUCGCAUGUGUCUGCAGCAGUGGAAGGACACAGGGAACCGAUCGUGUCCAGUCUGUAGGACGCAGAUGAGUUCUCUGUAUCCACCUCCAAACUUGGCACUGAGGAAUGUGUGUAGGCACUUUUCACCAGUCUUGGUGAACUUGGAGGACCUCUGUAGCUUGCAUCAGGAGGAACUCAGAUUCUUCUGUUCGGACCACCAGGAGCUUGUGUGCCUAUUCUGCAAGGAUGAAGAAAUCCACGUUGGCCACAAGUUCAGUCCCCUUGAAGAGGUUGCGAACGGUCACAAAGAGAAACUCCAGGAAGGCCUGCAGGAUACCAAAAGAAGACUCCAAAAUUGUAUCAGAGUUAGAGACAAGUGCAAUGAACAAGCAAAGUACAUCAAGGUCCAGAGGGAGAAGGUCAAGAGCAAGAUUAAGAAGGAUUUUGAGGAGCUUCGUCACUUUCUUGACAUUGAGGAGGACGCCAGGUUGUCUGCUGUCAUGGAUGAAGAGAAGAAGAAGAGUCUGACCAUGAAGGAGAAGAUUACAGCCCUCAGCCGAGAAAUGACAGCUCUCUCAAAUACGAUCAGAAGCACAGAGGAGCUGCUGAAGUCUGACAAUGUUUCUAUCAUGAAGAACUUGCAGACUGCAAUGAGCAGAAUCCAAGAACUGCCCGAUGAACCACAGCUGAUUGAAGGAGCUCUAUUGGAUGAAGCCAAACACGUGGGCAACCUCAAAUUCAACGUGUGGCAGCGGAUGAAGGAGACGUUCUCCUACAGUCCCGUCAUCCUGGACCCCAACACGGCUCAUCCCAAACUCAGUCUGUCCGAUGAUCUGACCAGUCUGACUCAUAAAGAAGCACAAUGGCGACCAGAGAAUCCAGAGAGGGCUGCGUUUCCCGACGUGCUGGGUUGUGCUUUGGACUCAGGAAGACACGUCUGGGACGUUGAGGUGGGAGACAAUACUCACUGGGUACUCGGGGUUGCGUGGGGGGAGUUGUGUUUCCAAGGUCAGAGGAGUCAUUGCUGCCUUGGAUUUCGUGAUGGUAAAUACCAAAAAUUGGCUGUCCUAAAAGGAUCCUGGAAUUUGUCUGUGAAAGUGCAGAGGAUCCGAAUUGACGUGGACAUGAAUGAAAGAUCAAUUUCAAUAUCGGAAUCCCUUACAAACACCGUACUCUGGACCACUAAGAACAGUUCUGAUUGGCCGGACUUGUCCGGUCACACCAAAAUGUAUCCUUACUUUUACACGUCGUGUAAAAAUCCUUUGAAAAUAAUCCCCUUUCCACCUCGGAUUAUAAUUUCCAUGAGUCUGUGUUGA